CUUACUACCCCUUAUAAAAACCAUGCCUUCAUCUGUCUCAUAUGACUUGCAAAACAAAAUGACAGCAAACAAGGAAAAGAGUGCACCAAUUAUAUCACAGCAAUCAAGCCUGGUCCAGUGUUGCAUGUGUGGCGAUUCUGGCCUAACUCAUGAGCUCUUGCAAUGCAAAGUUUGCCAUUUCAGAUAUCAACACAGAUAUUGCAGCAAUCUGUAUCCCAAAGCCGAGUCUUAUGAUGUUUGCAAUUGGUGUUUGAAUCAAAAAAUGGAUUCAAAAUCUCAGAAUUCUUCUACUUCUUCACCAUCGUGUAAAGAAAACAACGAAGACGAUGAUGAUAAGAACAAGGGAAAGUGUGAUUAUAACAAUGGAGGUUCAGGCUUUAAAGGCACCCAAAGGAACCAAAACUUAAAGCUGCGAUUUGUCAACGGACCAAACUCGCCGGAGAAACGGCCUCCGUGCACGACACGAAAGAGGAUCAUAAGCAACGCUCGUUUGGAAGAGAAGCUUAGGACAAGAAAGUCAAAAGAGAUUUCGAGUGGUGGGCACAUUACAAGGCAUGUUUCCAGAAACAAGGUACGAAGAUACAAGCUUUUGGACGAGGUUUCAAGUUAAAAAAAAAACACACAUGUAUAAAUGUUUAUCUGGAAAAUGAAACUACGGAGAUUGUUUAUGGUUUGGUUUUCUCUUAUUUUCCCUCGUUCCAAACAGAUAUAAUAUCAGUGUGAUUUAGAAGAAGAAAAA